UUGGCUCCGCUGUUGACCGGCUGACCAUUGUUUAUUUUUAAUUUUCUUUUGUACUUUGUGAACAGUAUUAUAUUAUAUAGUGUUAUUUUGCUUUGUACUUUAAUUCGAGAGCAGUACUAAAUAUAGUACUACAUACAAAUGUAUUAAAUUGUUCAAACAUAACAAAUGGAAACAUUAGAUACGAAAUCAAAACGGGCUAUCACAAACUAUAUUAUCUUACUGGGAGCUCGUUUAUUGAAGCAAAGGUGUAUUAAAACUCUUAUCAAAUAACAACUGAUAACACUUCGCAUUCAAAUCUUGUAUAAAUACGGACUCUGUACUUGUUGAACGUUGACAACAAUAGCUUCUGUUGAUAAAAAUGUGUAUUUUAUUUAUAUACAAUGGUUUCAAUGACCCUGAUAGUGACUACGCAGCUGUGGUGAUAUCCAAUAGAGAUGAGUUUUAUGAUCGACCUUCUUCUGCUAUGGCACCAUGGACUGAAGACUACACAGUUGUUGGAGGUCGCGAUUUACAAUCGGGUUGCGAUAAUGGCACUUGGUUAGGUUUCUCACCUAAAAGAAAAAAAUUAGGUGUCCUACUAAAUCUGCCUGGAAAACCUAAAGAUAAUGCAAAGAGUAGAGGAAUGAUUGUGGCAGAUUAUGUAAGAAAUGACAAACCAGCUACAUUAUAUGUGGAAGACAUGAAAAAUGAUGCAAAGGAAUGUAAUGAUUUUAUUUUUGUUUCUCUGGAGCUCAUCAAUAGUACUCCAACAAUCCAAGCAUACAACAACGUAACAGAUGAAAUAAUAGCAUAUACUGACACUUGUGUUGGUUUUGGGAACAGUUUACCCCAAAAUCCUUUGAAGAAAGUUGAAGCUGGCAAACAAAUGCUACAACACAUUUGCACUAAAUACAAAAAAGUGACCAUGAAAAAAGCUUUUAUUGAAGAAUUAUUCCAUUUAUUAAAGUCUGAAGAAAGACACCUACCAGACCAACAGCUGGAAACUCGAAGGCCUGAUUUGUAUAAAGAACUAAGUUCAAUAUUUGUUUGUGUACCAAAAGGAAGAUAUGGUACAAGAACACAUUCACUACUACUGAUAACAAAAGGGGGACAUGCAGAUUUGAUUGAACACACAAUGCAAGAACCAAUAGAUCCACUCAAUCCUACAUGGGUAAGAAGUGAAUUUCAAUUUGAUAUUGAAUUCUAAUUAAAUGACAUUGUAUUAUUUGUUUGUUUUAAGUAAAACAAUUUGUACAUUAAAA